CUGUGUUUUGCGAAAAGGGUUUUAGUCGGGGUUUGUGUUCUUUCUCACUGUUCUUCUCUCGGUCGCAGCCCCUCUCUUCUUGGCCAGAGAUUUCUCUGAAUUUGCUGCGGUCUUCAGGUUUCUUAUUCUUCCCUACAUGGAUUCGAGGGUUCUUCAUUGAUGGAGAAAACCGCCUCUUUUCUGUUUGCCGGGACGAGCUUCAAUAGGAAGAAGUUCGCUUCCGAUUUCGCUAGGUUUAAGGAUGGGAAAGAAAACGAUGAAUCGAGCAAGGAACUGAGCUUCUUUGAGGAAGAGGAACCCGAACCAAAGAAGAAACUUGUGUCAACAAAGAAGAGGAAACAAAAAUCUGCUCAUUCAGAAACUGUUGAGGGGUUUGAACUGUUCAAGAUCUCGAAGAAAGUAUCUGCUAAGGCUGAUGAUGAAGAGCAGAGAGAGGAGGAUGAGAUAGCCGAUAACCCAAAGAAGGAAUUCUAUCGUCAAAUGGAGCGAGAUGCUUUGUCUCGGAAAAAGUACAGCAUUCAUGUCACCGGGAGCAACAUUCCAUCCCCACUUAGAAGCUUCGCGGAAUUAGCAUCGAGGUAUGGUUGUAAGCGAUACAUCUUGCGGAAUUUGGCUGAACAUGGAUUCAAAGAGCCAACUCCAAUCCAGAGGCAGGCCAUUCCAACCCUCCUAUAUGAUCGUGAAUGCUUUGCCUAUGCUCCAACUGGGUCAGGGAAAACCUUCGCUUUCAUAUGUCCAAUGCUUAUAAAUCUUAAGCGCCCUUCAACCGAUGGUAUAAGAGCUGUUAUUCUCUCUCCCACUCGGGAGCUGGCUGCUCAAACUGCUAGAGAAUGAAAGAAACUUACAAAAGGGAGCAAGUUUAGAAUCAAAAUAAUGACCAAAGUCCUUGUCAAAACUGCUGAUUUCUCAAAGCUUCACUGCGAUAUUCUGGUGUCGACGCCAUUGCGGUUACAAAGGGUUAUCAAGACCAAAAAAAUUGACUUAAGCAAGGUUGAAUAUCUUGUCCUCGAUGAAUCUGACAAGCUGUUUGAGCUGGAUUUGGUAAAACAGAUUGAUUCUGUGGUUAAGGCCUGUUCCAACCCUUCGAUUGUACGUUCAAUGUUCAGUGCUACACUGCCGGAAUUUGUCGAGGAGCUUGCACGAUCUAAGAUGCACGAUGCUGUUCGGGUGAUUGUUGGCCGCAAGAACACAACUUCGGAGACUGUUAAGCAAAAGCUGGUUUUCGCUGGAAGUGAAGAAAGAAAACUUCUUGCUCUUCGUCAAAUCUUUGCAGAGAGUCUGAAACCACCUGUCCUGAUCUUCCUGCAAAGCAAGCAACGAGCGAAGGAACUCUACGACGAACUAAAAUAUGACAACAUCAGAGUCGGUAUCAUCCAUUCUGAUCUCUCUCAAGCAGAGCGUGAAAAUGCUGUCGAUAAUUUCAGAGCCGGCAAAACAUGGUUUCUGAUUGCCACUGACGUGAUUGCCAGAGGUAUGGAUUUCAAAGGUGUCAACUGCGUUAUAAACUACGAUUUCCCGGAUCCUGCUUCAGCUUAUAUCUACAGAAUAGCGAAAAUCCAAAUACGCCAAUUCGAAUUCUCUCGUUUUCAUUUCCGAUGAAGUUGCUGUGAAGCUUUUGGCGAUUGAGAACAAGUUUU